UUUUCCCCUCUUUCAUGGAACGUUUAUCGGACUUUCUGUUGCACUUGGACGUUAUCUUAAGAGCAAUCCCUGUCGAUAUCUUCCAAGGUGUACAAAGUGACUUUCCAAUUCAGUUAGAUUCGUCAACUACAGAUCUGGAUCUGGACGCGGUAACCAAUACCUUCGCAACUUCGGCAAAGGAACUCGAUUGCUAUAUAGCUUCCCUUGCUGAAUUGCAACCAACAAAAGCACAAAGGUUGCAAAAGGUUUGCUGGAGUCUUUGCCCUACUUUCCUUGGUCUAACACUAUUUCUUAAGAAAACCCAAGAAGCUGAAAACAAAUUAAAAGAAGUUAACCGGUUGCUGGAAGAAGUUGUGCUCGAGUUGAAACAAGCAGAAGCACUUCUGACUCAAACUCUGGAAAGCGACCCUUUUUUUGGAGCGCACAUCGGUAGCUCUUAAACUGUCGUUCUUACCGGUUUUUGCUUUGAUA